UCUACUCUCGUGUUUCUCUCUUUCUCUCUCUCUCUCGGUAGAAGGGGUUUUAGCUUAAACCCUUCUGUAUCAGCAGUCAUCCAUGAUGCCUAUUAGGGUGCCGGCGGCGAUCGCUGCAGCGGCUCCUCGCGGCUUGAGCCGCCUCUUCUCGACGGCUUCUUCGAUUUUUCCUUCCAUUCCUCCGCAGGCGGGGACUGCGGUUCCGGCUCGGGAGCAAGCGGAGCCCAACACCAACCUCUUUGUCUCCGGGCUUAGCAAGCGUACUACGACAGAAGGACUCUGUGAAGCUUUUUCCAAGUUUGGUGAAGUGGUUCAUGCUAGGGUUGUCACUGAUCGAGUAUCAGGGUAUUCUAAGGGAUUUGGUUUUGUUAGAUAUGCUACCCUAGAAGAUGCUGCCAAAGGUAUAGAGGGCAUGGAUGGCAAGUUUCUGGAUGGAUGGGUCAUAUUUGCAGAGUAUGCAAGACCUAGACCACAACCUACACCACCUGAGAACAUGUAUCCUCCGUAUAAUCGUCAAUGAACUGAGCAGAAUGAGUUUCGUUCUUCUUGGAAUUGGUUGGCUAUCGAGUUGCAUUCACAAUUCUCAAAUUUUAAUCAGAGGUAGCUCGUUGGUCCUCCAUCACACUUUGCAUACUUUAAGUUAGUGGAGGAGAUUUGCCUUAUUAAUUUAGUAUGAACACUGUAUAACUGAGAAAAUACAUGGAUUUCCAAUUGUUUUCCCCCCUGGACUUAUUUAUAGACAUUUGGUCAAAUUAUGUACUAUUCAAUUAAACUCAAGUUGAAACUUUAUUGAGAAAUUGCCUAGCUUUGGUUGUAUGUUAUCUUUUUGGAAGUUGAAAUUAAAUCACCUAUUUGAUCUUA